CCGUCGGUCGACUACAAUGUCCACUCGACGCCGACAACGUGACAGCAUUUAUCGAUUUUUGGCACCCCCAGCGGAGCGCUAGGUGUUGUCGAGGAAAAAAGCUCCUGCCCGCAGACUACAGACCCACUGGGUCGGACACACGCCGUUCCCAUGAGUAUGCUGGGUUUUGUGUAUCUGGUUCUUAUCCUGGGCUGGAUACUGAUCGUCCUGUUUCUCAAGUGCAAAAAGUCCUUGGCAGCUCCGUUUCGGUUUGGCGAGAACUACACCGAUGCCAUCGCAGAUCGUCGUCCUUCGGUGCAUGUCAUUCAACUGCAGCAUGAUGAUGUGGAGCGGGAAGAUCACUACUUGGACAACUUUCACCGGAACACUGAGAACCUCCAACGCUACUCGCACCGUUCCCAACGCUCCACCCUCGAGGAGCGCACCAUCGAGCGUACCUAUCCCACGGAUGCGGUUAUCAAUCCAGCCUACAUGCAUGACGAGGACUACAUAAUAAAUGCUCCACCACCGUCGUACGAAGAGGUGAUGCGACAGCCCCAAGUCUAUCCCCAGGUGAGGCACAACAACCACAAAGCCAGCGACGCCAAUAUUUAGCCC